GGCUGGCAUACGAACCAGUUUAAAAUUUCAACUGAGACCUCUUGUGUUUUGACUGGUGAUCUCGCUUAUCAUCGAAUUUUUCGUGACUAUUGAUUGCAAACAAAAUAUUCAAAAUUGUCGGUAUAUUAGAAUAGGCCUACUAUUUUUCUUCAAGGGCUGAGUUUGUAUCUUCACUAUGUCAACACGGAGGAGCAAAGUGCUGGCGUUCUCGCUGGUGACGGGCAUCAACAUGGCCAUGGCGCGACUGGUGGAUAUAUGGGACAGCAUCGGCAUCAUGGAAGAUAAACGAGUGCAGAGGAUGGAGACAGUGAAGAAGCACAUCGAGAACCUGCUGAAAAAAAUGAUAGCUGAGGAGGAGUCUAUGGAAGAUAAUCUGCGCAAAAACAUAAUUAACUUCAAGAAGGAUCUGGAAACUCUGUGUCUGGAGCUAGCCUUGGAGCCCAACAAGCCUCCAGAGGGCCUGACGGUGCUGCAGAUGGAGAAGCACCUUCGUGACGAGGUGGAUGCUCUGGGGCGGGAGAAGGCCGAGCGCCUGUUAGAGAAACAGCAGCUAGAGAAACAGGAUAAAGACCUGUGUGUGGAGCUUUGUGCCACCCCGUACUACAUCCCCACCGGAAGCAUACCCUCAACCACACAACUGAAGGAGCUGAGACAACAUAUAGCCACCCUCACCGAGGAAAAGACCAAGCGCGUGGCGGUGUUUUCCGGCCUUCGUGAUGACAUCAGGAGGCUGAUGGAGGAGAUGGGUCAUGAGCCUGAGACCAGCCUGGAGAGAGAGUCGGUCUGCAGCGACCAGGACAUCUUCCUGCUCACGCACGACAACAUCAACGCUCUCAAGCUGCUGCUCGCCAAGAUUCAGGCUAAAAGGGAUUCCCUGGUGGAAUGUGUGGAACAGCUGAAGGAGAAGACAGCCUGUCUGUGGAACCGUCUCGAUUGUUCCGAGGAGGACAGACAGAACUUCCUGGAGAACGUCCGUGGAACCCUAUCUGACCAGAUGAAACAGUGGCGCAGUGAGAAGGAGCGCCUGAGUGAGCAGCAGAAGAGCAGGCUGGAGGAGGUGGUGAGGAAGGUCCGUGAGGAGCUGCUCUCUCUCUGGGAGCUCUGCACCUUCAGCCCCCAGCAGAGAGAGGCUUUCAACACACACUUCUGCAACACCGUCUUCACAGAGGAGCUCCUAGCUGUGCACGAUGCAGAGCUGCUGAACAUGAAGUCCCACCACCAGCAGGCUCGCCCCCUGCUGGACACUCUGCACAAGUGGGAAAACACCUGGGCCCUCUUCCAAGAAUUUGAGAAGAAGGCCAACGAUCCCAGCCGCUUCUCUAACAGAGGAGGAGCCUUGCUGAAGGAGGCCAAGGAGAGGGUCAAGGUCCAGAAGAUGCUGCCAAAGUUGGAAGAGGAGCUGAGGUCAGGGGUAAAACUCUGGGAGCAGAGCCACGGAACUGACUUCCUGGUUUGGGGUCAGAAGGUCAUGACCCUCAUCUCUAGCCAAUGGGAGGAGCACAAACAGCAAAGAGAGAGGGAAAAGAGUGAAAGGCAGCAGCAGUCGGGUAAGAAGGGGGAUACGACUCAGUUCAAGACUCCUACCAAGAGACCCCACAGUGGUAUGAGUGGCCCCACCCCCACCAAGAUCAGGAAGACUCCCAGCCAAUCCCGGGGUCCUGUCCAGAUUCCGAACCAAUCGUCAAUCCAGAGGACCAGUGGCUCUAGCGCCACCUUUAUCAGCGUGUCCAACAGCAAGCCACCUCCCUCUAACAAGAUGAGAGCCAGGCCCGUGGACGGCACCAUCCAUCGCCCCCCCCUGCUGGAGUGUAACAGCAGCCAGAACCCUGCGGUGGACACCAGCUACUCUGACUUCUCAUAUGAUCUGUCUAAGAAGUCCCACAGUGAUGCCAUUUUCAACUCCACGACCAAAGACCUGUUCUGAGCGUCCGUGUCGCCACGCCGAUAGGACCGCAUCACCGGGGGGACAGACAGCGCUUCAGCGACACCCUCCCAAACUAUACUCUCAUUAUUCUGCUGUCAUCACAUAUUUGUGUUUUAGAUUAAAGAGCUCGACUCUAACGUUACUGCUGUCAUCACUGAGUUGUCGACUGUUAUCAAUAGAGUAUUGUGGAACUGUUCAAGGUAGUACAAGGUCCAACAUUAUUAUUUCUUACAUUGUCUGUAAUACUUGUCAGUCCUUUAUUCUUUUCUCUGAUUUACUUUCGAAGCUGAGUCUGUGUAAAUAUUGACAAUGUAACACCCUAUUCCAUUGGCCAGUGAUUUCUGUAUUUUCUAAUAAAUCAGUAU